CCUGACCUGCUAGCAAUGGCCGGACUAUGCAGUUGUUGGCAGCUCGGCGCCGGCAGUAACGCUGGAUGUGAUGGUUGUGGCUACAAAAUUUUAUUGCGAGGAGCUCUCGCUCCUUCGUCAAGUCGACCAUCACGGCCACCAGAUAGCAAAGACUCGGCCAGCAGCAACAGCUUGGCGUUUAGCAAGCCGCCGCUGCCUCCCCACCGACAAAAGAAAGACAAAACUGACGACAGUAAAAAAAGAGGCGUGGAUACUGAUGGUAUCCUGCAGUCCCAUCACCGACGACACUCUCAUCCAGUUAGGAGUUCUCCCGAGGCUCCUCCAGAAUCUCUUCUCCCCCGCAGCCUUCAAAGACGCAAACUGCCGCAGUCGUCAGCCUACAACGUUCCUCUGCCUCCACCCUCACCUCACACGCUCGUGUCUCUCGUGUCAGCGUGGAACGGUGCCAACCAAGAGGGUUUCUCCUACCAACCUCUUUUGUUGAGCACAAUCCAGCCUCCACCUGAACUCUGCCCACCGGCUUCUCCUCUACCCAAAUCUCCUCGUACCAAAAAUCCGCCCUUUGAUGUUUCCUCAUUUCUACCUCCCACUGAAAGUUCCGAGUCUCAGGUCACACCGCCCUCACAGACCUCUCCCCUCACCGUCGUGUCGGGUUACGCGUCAGGAGUCUCGGCUUCCACAAGCCUCCAGGUGCGAUACCGAGUCCUAUCGCUCGCCAGGGCCGCAUUUGCAACUCGCUCUCACACCGACCUUAGGCUUUACGAUGAAAAUCCACAUAGCGUUCACAAUUCCUCCGAUCCCAGGCGUCAAACAAACUACCGACACUCUGAGUAUAAUCGAAUUAGUGAUUUUCAAUCAUUGUCUCGUGGAGCCGAACAGGACGUGAAUGGAGUCCACCUAAGUUUAAAGAAUUGCGAGACUUCAAAUUCCCUCUUGCAGCAUCCCAUCCCUUCCCAGUACAUGAGUCGCACGCUCCCCACGCCAGCCCCUCCUCAGCAACCGAAGAAUUAUGUUGUCAAGCCUCCCCAGCACAUCGAUCAAAAGUAUCCGUCGUCUCUUGCCUAUCAUCCAAGCUGGCAUGCGCAAAAUAACCCACAAACUUUUUCCAAUGUUGAACAGUUUCAGGUCAAACCGUCGUAUCCUCAAGAGAUUUCCGUGCAAGCUUAUCACUACAAGCCGGUCGAGCAGCCGCCUCCUCCUCAUGAAUCUCUACAAAAACAUCUUCUAGAAAUACAGAUGCUGCAUCAGAAGCGUUGUCAAGAAGAGUAUGAUUUCCAAAACCAGCAAAGGCUCGAAUUAUUUCAACAGAUUCAGACUCAACCGCUUCACCAGUCUUCAAAAUCUUUGAAUCCACCGGAAUUUGGCCAUCAUGAUCAUUCCAAAGCUCAAGAAAAGAAGUCACAUCAUGAGAAGCGCCAUCAUAGACACAAAAGCAGUCGCUCCUGCAAUCGAGAUGCUGCUGCUAAGGAACGUCGAAGUGAAGUAGCGAGUUGUCAUCGUCAAGAUAAAUUAUCGAGACAUCUCUUAGUCGACAAUGAUGAACUGGAGUGCCGGUCUUUGCAAUACCAACCGCAGAAUGCCUCAGACUACAGUGCUCUGAAUUAUAGCCAACGAUAUUCAAGUUUGACAGAUGUACAAGACCUGAGACAUCAAGAGGAAACGACAAAUUCUAGUCGGUCUCGUGAAUCCCGGUCGUCGUUUUCCCAUCGACGUCGUUCGCAUAAACAAUCCAAAUCACAUCACAAAGAGCAAGAAGGAGGUAAACUUCUAAUUAGCCAAGGGAAAAAUCAGGGUCAUAUUAGUUUGCCGCCAAAAAACACCCUGCGUGACAAGGAAAUCCGACAGCCUCUCCAAACUCAGGUUGAUUCUCACGAGCCACUCAGUCUAGAAACACAACCUCCUAAACAUAGCCAACCAUCACAAUACAAAGAACCAAUGCAGCAACAUCAGUAUUCUAACUUUCCACUGUCGUCAGACAACAGUCAACUUUCACGAGACUUGCAAGACCAUCACCACCAUCAACAGCAGUUGCAUACUCCUCCAGGUUUGCAUUCACGUCAAAAAUCAAAUCAAAAUACUAAAUCCAAAAUUUCACACGACGCGCAACGACACGAGACACAACAACAGCAAGAGAAGAAGCCAAUAUUUCAGCGGUCAUCAGAGCAAGCAGCUCACGAGGAAGAGGCGGAUGCAAGUGCUACCCAAAGAGAGCAAAACGGCGCCGAUCGCGGCAAGAGUAACCGGAGCCAGCCCGCCAUUGGCCUCAAGCAGACUCAUAAGACAAGGCCGACAAUAUUUGGAACGGUUGCGGGCGAUCAGUGCCCCAGGGACUCCACCAAGAGGGGUUUGCCUCAAACCCCAAAGGGUGGCGGCUUGAGAGGCAGCCAAGAUGGAGGAGCGGCUCCGGAAUGGGCUACGCUUCCAGAUGAUGACAACUCGUUGGUGUAUGAAGACGGCGUGUUGGUAUCGGGUUCCCUGCAAGCCCUAGUUCAGCACGCCACCCCCACCGCCUCCUAUUAUCCCGACACAGCUUAUCUCUUCGCUUUUCUCUUAUCGUCGCGUCUCUUCAUCAAACCUCACGAAUUGCUGCAGAGAGUCAGUGACCUCGGAUUUACGCAGCAGGGCCUCCAAGAAGAUGAUAUCUCUUCAGUCGAUAAGGAUAAGAUGGAGAAGUUUGUGGUGCACCUCGUGCAGCUUCUGGGCGAAUGGAGCGAAACUUUUCCUUACGACUUCAGAGACGAGCGAGUGAUGAGCUGCGUGCGCACCAUCACCCAUCGCUGUAUUGCCUUGCAGCCCAACCUCAGGCGCGACGUAACCCAAAUCCUUCACAAUUUACUAAAUAAACUCACCCACCUGGAGAGGUACGAAGAGAGUCUCGCCAAACACACCGUCGCCCCACCCGCUGAUUCUCUCUCUGACGUUCCUGAUAUCACCGAGAUUUGCAGUAGUCCGCUAGUGAUGGCCCAACAACUUACACACAUCGAGCUGGAACGACUGAGUUUCAUCGGACCCGAGGAGUUUGUCCAAGCUUUUGCCAAAGACAGCAAUAUCGACUCGUCCUACAAAGACCUUAAGAAAACCAACAAUUUAGAAGUUUACGUUCAGUGGUUCAAUAAACUCUCCUACUCUGUCGCCACGCAGGCAGUAUCGCAUUUGAAGAAGAAGCAGCGAGUCCGGGUCAUUGAGUGGUGGAUUGAGGUGGCUAGGGAAUGCUUCAAUAUCGGCAACUUUAAUUCCCUCAUGGGCAUCAUAGCAGGACUUAACAUGUCACCCGUGUCAAGACUGAAGAAAACUUGGAGCAAAGUGCAGACGGCCAAGUUUUCAGUGCUGGAGCACCAAAUGGACCCGACGAGCAACUUCUCGAGCUACCGCAGUACUCUGAAGGCGGCGAUGUGGCGGUCAGCUGGAGCUGUCGACGACAGACAGAAGAUAGUCAUUCCUUUCUUCAGUUUACUUGUUAAAGAUCUAUAUUUCCUCAACGAAGGCUGUGCUAGCAGGUUACCUAACGGAUACAUCAAUUUCGACAAAUUCUGGCAGCUUGCAAAGCAAGUAACAGAAUUCAUGGCGUGGAAGCAAGUGACUUGUCCCUUUGAACGCGUGCCUCACGUCAUCAAUUACCUGCAGAGCGCCUCGAUACUCUCCGAGAUCGGUCUAGCACAUUCUUCUUUCGAAUGCGAAGGGCCCGAAAAUAGCUAUGAGAAAGAACGCUACAAAAAUCUAAGUCGUGCCGAAAGUCAACCAUCAUCAUGAGUCAACAACAUCAUGUCAGUGCAGUGCACGGCAGCAGUGCAGUGCAGUGCAGCAGCGACCAGCCGGUCGAAACGAAAUUGGAAACUCAAGUUGCGCACAUUGACGUAAUGUUCCUACGUUUUUUGAAGGUUGGCUAGUACAAAAAAUACUCUUUGGGGAGAGAAUGAUAACUAAACUUGCAAUGUGGCAUGUCAGGUUUAUUAUAGUUCGUACAUUUAUAGUCGUUUGUAAUUAUUGUAUAUUGAAUCGGUUUAAUGUAAAAAAACUAGUUGCUAAGGUGUAGGAUAAGGAAGGUUAAAAUAUUUUGUUAUAUUAAUAUAAUUACCGUUAACCCGAUCUCUCACAGACAUCGAUAACUAGUUAUUAUUCAGUUGAAAUGGAUACUUAUUAUUUUCUAUUAUUACUACUAAAUCAGUCACUAAAGAACUAGUUCUUUCAUUUACUUGGUACAUUUUUGUCGGCAGAGGAUGAGAUUCAUCGCUAUUAUCGUGCAACUGCUACCUGUGCAGAGUAGAGAGUUCUAAUGGUUUUAUAAUGAAUCGUUCUCUAAAUAAAUUAGUAAUAUUAUUAAAAUCUUGGUUCGUUCAUCGAUUACAUAGAUAAACAUGUGUACGUGUCGACAAAGUUACCCGUAUGAUUAUUUCCCAUACUUAGUGUUUGUACAACGUUAUUUCAUCUCUAUUGUAAAAUAAUUCAUUUGUAUCGUCGUCUUUGAAUAAAUAGGUUGACCAGCCAACCGUAAAACGGUGUUUCAAUCAAUAAUGAAAUAAAUUUCAGUUGCUGCCUGUUUUUCAAUAAUAAUAAUGAAAUGAUUUUCAUCGUGGACGACACUCGUUAUAAAUGAUUCCGCGGACCCGCCACGUAAAAUAUUUUUAUUUAAAAAGUUUUAUGUUGUUACACAGGUUUUACUUUGAUGUAAAGUAUUUUGAAUAUAUUUAUGUUACUAGAUAAUUUUUGUGUUCUAUUAGUCAAUAAAUGUACGAGAAUGUUUUUACGUGUGACGUAUAAGUCGUCCGACAAACAAUGUAAUUGUAAAUAAAAUUUACGAAUAAAAAUUCAUCCAACUCUU